AUGGCCUCUUCUGCUAGUAGAAGCAAAACAGGUUCAUAUCAAUCAGUUUCAAAUCGUAGAUGGAAGGUAUGUGCUUGUAAUAUGCGUAUGGUUUCUUAUCGUUGCAAAAAUGGUCGCAAUCGAGGGAGGCUCUUCUGGAGAUGUCCGUUGUGGCAAAGCGAUGAAACGUGCAAUCUAUUUGAAUGGGAUGAUGAAAUAGGGUCAGGACAUGAUGCAAUCGAGGCUGAUGAAGAAUGGACAAAUGAUGCAACAAAUACUAGGGAGAUGCAAACUGUCGGGACCUUGAAAGAGUUAUAUGAGCAAGAAGUGAAGAAAAACGUGGAAAUGGAGAUGAAGCUUGGGUCAGAUGGAUUAUGUGGAAAGAUGAAGACAAUUUGCCUCAUUGUAUCAUUGAUGAUCAAUUUGUACUUGAUUGUUAUUUAUAAAUGUUAG